CAGGACCUUCACCUGGUUAGUGUGAGUGCUCCAGGAGGCGGGCACCCUCCCUCAGCCCUCAAGCAAAAAUGAGUUUUAAGGAGAAGCAGCAGCAACAGCAGCCACAGAGCUUAUGACAGCUACAGCCUAAGGGCAACAGGCAAGGGAGACCAAGGACCAGAAAGAGCAGAGGCUUUUUCAAAGAAAGAGACCCCUCUCCUAGCACCCAGUGAUGGUGGCAAGCCCCACCCACAGUGCCUGCUAAGAACAAGUCCCACGUGAGGACAACACGGCCCCCUGAGAUGCCCACAGGGACCCCGAGAUGCCUGCAGUGCUUGGCUCUCCCGCUGGCUGGCUGCCCACCUGGCUCAGGCCCAGUACGCACCCUGGUCACACCUGGGAGAGCAGGAGAGGACAGCAUAGCACUUGCAGCAAGAUGGAUGUGGGCAGCAAAGAGGUCCUGAUGGAGAGCCCCCCGGACUACUCCGCGGCUCCCCGGGGCCGAUUUGGCAUCCCCUGCUGCCCGGUGCACCUGAAACGCCUUCUCAUCGUGGUGGUGGUGGUGGUCCUUGUCGUUGUGGUGAUUGUGGGAGCCCUGCUCAUGGGUCUCCACAUGAGCCAGAAACACACGGAGAUGGUUCUGGAGAUGAGCAUCGGGGCUCCGGAAGCCCAGCAACACCUGGCCCGGAGUGGGCACCUGGGUACCACUGCCACCUUCUCUGUUGGCUCCACUGGCCUCGUGGUGUAUGACUACCAGCGGCUCCUGAUCGCCUACAAGCCAGCCCCUGGCACCUGGUGCUACAUCAUGAAGACAGCUCCGGAGAGCAUCCCCGGUCUUGAGGCGCUCACUAGAAAAGUCCAGAACUUCCAGGCCAAGCCCGCAGUGCCUACCUCUAAGCUGGACCAGGUGGAGGGGCGAGAUGCAGGCUCAGCACCCUCCAGAGGGGACCUGGCCUUCCUGGGCAUGGCCGUGAGCACCCUGUGUGGCGAGGUGCCGCUCUACUACAUCUAGGACUCCUCAAGUGAGCAGGGUCAGUGGAAGCCCCAGGGGGACAGGAAACGCCCUGGGCAAAGGGUCUUUUGCAGCUUUUGCAGACGGGCAAGAAGCUGCUUCUGCCCACAACGCAGGGACAGGCCCCGGAGAAAUUGGAGUUUGAGUAGAGGAUGGGAGCGGGCAGAGGUGGUGCCCAGGGGCCCUGGAACUCCUGCCACAACAGAAUAAAGCAGCCUGAUUGAAAAGCAAA